AUGGAAUUUAAUUCAGGUGUUAGUAUGUUUUUACCUGAUUCAAUUGGGCUUAAUGAAAAUGAUUUUGAUGAAGAAGAUAAUGAAGAUAUUGUUCAUGAACAAACAAAUCAAAAUGAAAUUGUUGAAUUAAUUAUGGCUGCUUUUGAAGGACAUGAAGAACCAUCUGAUGGUGACGAUGAUGAAGAUGAUGAGGAUGAUGAUGAUGACGAUGAAUCAAUGAAUACAUCAAAUUUAAGUCAUCAUCAUCAUCAUCAUAUAUCUAAUGAUCAUGAAAUAUUAAAUACAAAUAAUAAUAAUAACAAUAAUAAUAAUGAACAUUAUGUUCAACAACAGCAACAGCAACAACAUGAAAUAUUAUAUCGAAAUCAUUUAUAUCAACAACCUUUAUACUCCACUCCAGCUGUAUCCACUCCACCACCAUUAGUUCCGCCAUCAGCUACAACAGAUGUUCGUCGAUUUGAUGAUCAUACUCAAUAUACCCAAGCACGUUAUCAACAAUUUAAUGAUCAUAAUAAAACUGAACAAGAAAUUCCAUUUACAUCGAAAAGUUCUGCUUUAGUUCAUUAUCAAAAUCCAAAUCGUCAAUUAAAUCAUACAGCAUCAACAACAGCUGUACAAUAUUUUGAUUCAUUACCUACAAUAGAUCUAAGUGAUCCAAUGCAAACACAAUAUAUGUAUCAAACAUCAACAAUGAAUUCAUCUGAUGCACAAAAUCAAAUAAAUAAAUAUCGUAUUUUAUGUAAUGCUAAAGAUCGACGAAUAACUGAACUUGAAAAUCUUUCUACGCAAUUAAAUGAAAAAUAUAAAAGUGAAAUACGUGUACUUAAACAUAAAAAUGAAUUAAGUGAACGAGCUAAAUAUGAUUCUGAUCAACGUUAUCAGUCUAUAACUAGACAAUGUGAAGAAUUAAUUGAAACAAAUAAUCAAUUACAACGAACAAUAAAAGAUGCUGAAUUACGAAUUCAACAAUUAGAAGGAAAUAAAACACAACUUGAACAAAAAUUAGAUGAAGCUGAAUCAAUAAUUGAUUCACUUCAUAAAAGAGUGAAUGAAUUACAAAAAUUUGAUACAAUUGCACGUACACAACAAGAUUGUGAACUUGUUUUAGCUAGUACACGUGAAAAACAUGAACAAGAAAUACUUAAUCUUAAUGAAAAAUUGCAAAUGAUACAAAUGAAUUUACAAGAAAAAACAACAGAAGUUGAUGAACUUCGUAUGCAACUUGAAACUGCUUGUAAAAAUAAUGAAAAAGCUAUCUUUGAAAGAAUGGAAUCAAUUAGUAAUUUAAAUCAACGAUUACAUGACUGUCAAAGACAAUAUACUGAUUUAUUAUCAAGUAAAUCAAUGGAAACAUUUAAUGAAACAGAAACAAAAAGACAAUUAAUGCGUUUAACAGAAGAAAAAGAAAAAGUUGAAUAUACAUGCCAAGAAUUACAGUCGGAAAUUCGAACAUUACGAGAACGUCUUGGUAUAACAGAACAUGAAGUGAAUAAUGAUUUAUUUGGUAUAUCAAGUAUAUCUGUUAAUGAAUUAUCAAGUAUUAAUCGACAAGUUGUUCCACAUAAUUCAACAAGUUUUGAUAAUCCAAAUGAUUCAUUAAUUAAUGAAAAUCAUCAUUUAAAAGAUCGUAUUGAUGAAUUUGCAUCGAAUGAAAAAAAUCUUAUUGAAAUCAAUGAAGAAUUACAACGUCAAAUUCAAGAAUUAACACGUAAAGAUAGUACAAGUUCAGAUGAAAUUAUUAUAUCAAAUAGUAUUCAUAUGGAACAAAUACAUAGUUUAACAAAACAAAUUGAAAUAUUAAAAAAAGAUUAUCAAAAUUUACAGGAAAAAUAUGAUUAUGAAACACAAGAAUUACAAACAAUUAUUGAACAAUUACGUGAAGAUAUAACAGAUUUAGAUAAAACAAAACAACUUUAUAUUGAUGUUUGUCAAGAGAAAAAUUCGAUUGAAGAUAAUCUUCGAGCAAAAUUUGAAUAUGAAAUAAAACUAAAAUUAGAUGAUUUACGUCGAACAUUUGAAAAAGAUUAUAAUGAUAAAAUUUUAAAUUAUAAAUCAAAUUAUGAACAAGAUAAUCACGUAUUAAAAUCAAAAUAUAAUCAAGAUUUAGAACAACAAACAAAAGAAUUAAAACAAGAAAUUGAAAGAAUUAAAAUUAAUCAUGAAAAAAUGAUUCAUGAAUUAAAUAUUGAGCUUGAUCGAUUAAGAUCUAAUGAUGAUGCUAAAAAUCGUUUAACUUAUGUUGAAAAAGAAUUUGAACAACUUAAACAUGAUUAUUCUGAUUUACAUUCUAAACAAAAAGAAUUAAUUCAUAAUUGUAAAACACUUGAAGAUGAAAAUCAAAAUUUAUUACAAACUAUUGAACAAUUUGAUCAAGAAAAAGCUCACUUACAAACUGUUGAAGAAAAAUAUUCGAAUGAAAUUCAACAAUUAAAUGAAUUAAUUGAAAAACAAAAAUAUGAUUUAUUAAAUCUUUCAUCAAGACAACAUAUCGAUAAGAGUGAUAAUGAUUUAAAACAAAAUGUUGAUGAUUUACAAACACGUAUACAUAAUUAUGAAAAUGCUGUUAGUCAAUAUGAAGAAUAUCGAUUAAAAUUAGAAACAAAUCUACAAAAAAUUACUCAACAACGUGAUACAAAUAAAAUGGAUUUAAGAUUAACAAGAGAUAUAUUAACGAAUAAAGAAAGUGAAUAUAAUCAAAUUAAAAUACGUUUUGAUGAAACAGAAAAACAUUUACAAGAAUAUAAAGAACGUCAAAUACAAAAUGAUAAAAUUAUACAUGAUUUAGAAAAACAAAUUGAACAAUACGAACAACAAAUUCUAGAAUUGAAUCAAACAAAAUUAAAAAAUCUUCAGGAAAAAGAAAUUGAAUAUCAUGAUAAAUUUGUAUCAAUUCAAACCGAGAAAAAUCAAUUUGAACAACGUUUACAAGAAGCAAAUCGUGCACUUAAUCUUGCUGAUAGUCAUUUAAAACAAGAAAUUGAAAAAAUUAAAUUAAAUCUUGAACAAGAAUAUAAUCGUCGUUAUGAACGUGAUCAAAAACAACAUCAAAAUGAUUUACAACAAUUACGACAACAAUUAACAACUGAUUUUGAAAAACAAAAAACGAAUCUACCAAUUAUUCAAUCUCAUACAUCAGCACAAGAUAUUGAAGAAGUUAAAAAAAUGUAUCGAACAGAAAUUGAUCGUUUAUAUCGUGAAAAUAUUGAAUUAAAUCAAAAUCAAGCGAAACUUAUUGAUACACAUUCAAAACAAAUGCAAAUUAUGAAAAAAGAUUUAGAUGAUGGAUAUAAUAAUGUUAUUAAUGAAUUUCAACAUGAACAAACACGUUUACAAACACGUUGCGAACAAUUAAAACAACAAUUAAAUGAUACACAACAAAUAAUUGAACAAUUAAAGAAAAAUCAUUCGGACGAUAUUACAAAAAUUAGAGAAAAAGUUACUUUAGAACAAGAUAAUAGAAAUAGACAAGAAAAUUUACAAAAUCGUCUAGAUCAUCUUGUUAAAUUACUUGAACAAUCCAAUGAAUCGUUGAAUCAAGAACGGGAAUUACAUACGAAACAAGAAAAUGAAUAUCAACAAACGAUUUCUUCGUUACAAAAGAAAAUUGCUGAUAUGAUCAAACAACAUACAAAAGCGAUGGAUGAAAUAAAACAAGAUCUUCAUCAAGAGCGUGUAUCAGCACAGAAACGUACUACAACACGACCAAUAUGUGUACCAGAAUAUGUUCAAACUGAUCUAUCAUUAAAUGAUAUCAAAUCAGAUUAUAUAGCAACUAUAGAAAAAUUACGAGAAUUGUUUACAAGUGAAAUGCUCGCGCUAUUACGACUGACAUGCAAAAUGAUUUUUGAUGUUCAUCAUCGAGUGGGAAUAGCUCAUUAUAUGGACAAUCUGGAAACUUCAGUAAAAAAACAGAUGCAAAAUGAAUUAGUAAGAAGUCGUAAUUCAAUGAUUAAAGAAAUCCGUCGUGAAUUAUUUGAAAAAAUGACCUUUGCUAUGAGAAGUCAAGGAGUACCUGAUACCACUAUUGAUAUGCAUGUAUUCGAACUUGAUCGUCUUCUAUCUCAGAUGGCUCAAGAUUGUUUAAAUGCUUUAAGUACAUCAUCAUCUACAUCUUCAUCAAUCUAUUCGACUGUAUCAUCAACUUCAUCUUUAACAACUCCUCAACGUCGUUCAAUUAUUUAUGAUUCUAACAGUUCAACUAAUUUAUCUAAAUCAAAAUUUUCUGACAAUAAUCAUACACCAUUACGAAAAUCAAUCGAAUGUUUAUACAUCACUCCAACAGCAUCGAAACAAACUGCACCAUUAGCACCACAUUGUCAAUCCACACUUGAUGAUGAUCGUCGUCCAAAAUCAGCAUCGACAACAUACUUAGCUAGUCAAAAUUCAUCAACACCAACUGUUCUUUUAACACGUACACAUAAAUCUCCAUAUUCAACAAAUAAAAAUUUUAAUACAAAAAUGUAUCGAAGUGAAGAUGAUUUAAUGGCAGCUAUGCAACGUCAUGAUGAUCAACAAAAAACUGAUUUAGAUGAUGCAGAUGAAGAAGAUGCUGAUACAAUAGUUUCAGGUGAAAAUGAUGACCAACAACAACAACAACAACCAAAUGUUCGAGCAUUAGCACGACAAUUUGAACAAAAAACAAAUUCAUUACCGGGUCAUAAUCGUUCAAAAACUAAAGUUCUUGAUAGUUCAUUAUCAACAACAUACUAUGCAACGGCACGAACAAUUAUAAAUGAACAACAAGAAGAAAAUGAGGAGGAAGAAUUAACGUGGCCACAAAAUCCGCAACAAACUCCAACUCAACCCAGUGGAAUUAAAAAAUUUGUACGUAGUGGUUUAAAAUUAUUCUCUAACAACAACAAUCACAACAACAAAAUAAAAAAACAUGAAAAUAAUUCAUAA